AGCUCAAACAAUUUCAAUAGGACAAUUUCUCGCCAUUGCAGGACCUUUUAGAACUCAAAAAGGGAUGAAGUUGACAAUAACCUGGUUGUCAGGCUGCUGGAUGUCUGUGUAACGUGGGAGAGUUCAAUCGGUCCUGUGUGCGGGUUCCUGGGACUUUAAAACCUUUAGCGUGAAUAUCAACAUCCGAGGUCAACAUCGGUCAGCUUGCUCGUCGCGAACCUCCUUGCCAUGAUGUAGGCGUUAAUAACAUAUGUGCGUAGGGUCCCGUCGAUCUUCGAGGGUAGCGUCGCUCAUCAUGCCUACAUGGUCAGAAGCAACCGCAGUGAAGAAAGUGGACAAUGGGGUCUAUGAAGGGUUCCUGUAUGACGACUGGUGCAUCGGUAGUGUUCCCAAUGGCGGCUAUGUGACGGGAAUCAUUAUGGAAGUGGUGAAAACGCACUUCAGCACCACCCUUGCCAAGCAGAACCAGCCGCAUACGAUUGCUCUCCAUGUCGAAUUCCUUCGACGGACGCAAAAGGGCCCCGUUACCUUCAAGGUGGAGGACGUAAAACUCGGUCGACAAACGUCGAUAGUCCACGUUCAUUUGUCUCAGGAGGGACGAGAGGAAGUCAUCGCCUAUGUGACCAACUCCAAUAUCGACACCGAGGAGGGCUUUUCCUUCGACACCGAAUAUAAGCUGACGCCUCCUCCUCCGCCUGUUGACCUAGCCAAGCUUGAGCAGAACAAGGACGAGCACUGGGAGGCCCAUGCGAAGAUGCCCUUCUCCGAGUUUAGAAAGGCCACUCAGAAGGUUGUGUGGCAUUUUCCCCGGAAAGGGCAUGUUGCGAAGAACACUGCUGAUGAAUGGCUGUGCUUCGCCGACGGGACAAGUUUCACAGAUACCAGCAUAGCAUUCGUCGCAGAUAUGUUUCCCCAACUCAUUGAGUCUUACCGAGAUAAGACUCAAGGACCGUUCUGGUAUCCGACGCUGCUCCUGAAUCUGGAUAUCAAGAAAGCUUUGCCUCCCCAGGGUGUAAAAUGGUUAGCCAUUCGAGUACAGAUGAAGAAGAUCAAGAACGGAAGGAUGGAUAUAGAAGUCCACGUCCAUGAUGCUGAGGGUGAUCUCGUGGCGCUCAGCCACCACGUAGGAUUCGUCUUGGACGCAGCAAGGAAUAUGGCCGAACGAAGGAAACCGAAUACCAAGUUAUAGAUGGCACCGCAUGGUCGAUAUUAUAGAUUUGGUUAGACGUAGAAAAUACACCCUAAGCAAUUAUGAUAUGGGUUCGCUGGG